GUGCUUGCUUGUUACUUGUUAUAUAUAUAUAUAUAUAUAUAUAUAUUAGUAACUACACGUAAGAAUCGUUUUAUUAAGUGUUUAGUAUGAAUCUUGCGAUUCACAGAUAUUUCUUGGGAAAAUGAAUGGGGAUUCGAGUUUUGUAGUAUUUUUUUUUUCAUUUGUUUUCUGGGAAUCCAAACACUAGAUUUCUUCUGCAAAACCCAAAAUGUUAAAAUGAGUUUCUUUUUUUCAAAAGAUUUGAGGCAGAGAGGGACCAGUCAAUAUUCACUUUUCCUUCUUUUUUAUGUUUUUGUCCUCUCCUCUCUUUGCUUUCUGCUAAUUUAUCUAGCUUUUUAAACAGAUUAGACGUAACUUUAACAUAAUUAAACCUUAAUUUAUGGGUGAUUAAUAUUUCCAGGUUCUUUGUUCUGAAGGAAGACAGCUACACGCUUCUGGAGUGUCUUUCCUUGUGUUCAGUCCGGUCUUAUAAAUAACGGACGAUCUCCCAAAGACCGGGAGAUUCGGGAUUGAUGCUAUUGAUCAGCCAAGCAUAUAUGAUUUUUCAAUGUCAUGAAGAAGAGAGAGUCUGCUAAGUUUAAAGACCUAUGGAGACCGGUGCAAGUAUUGACAACAAUGGCUAUGAAGGAAUCAAGAACGGUUCAUGGUUUAUCCAGUUUCGUAAUGGCUGCAACCCAUGGAUGGCUAGAUAUGUGUAUGGUCUGAUAUUCCUCUUGGCUAAUCUGCUGGCUUGGGCCUUGCGCGAUUAUGGCCGAGGUGCCUUGACCGAAAUGAGAAAAUUCAAGAAUUGUAAAGAUGGUGGAGAGUGUUUAGGGACUGAAGGAGUUUUACGAGUUAGCUUUGGAUGUUUUCUGUUCUAUUUCAUUAUGUUUCUUUCAACCGUUGGCACAUCGAAGAUGCAUUCAUCGAGAGAUAAAUGGCAUUCAGGAUGGUGGUUUGCUAAGCUUUUCAUGUGGCUUGGCUUAGUCAUAUUCCCUUUCUUGUUGCCUUCUUCUAUUAUUCAACUUUACGAAUGGCUUUUUUCUUUGCUUUGCUUUGCAGGAGAGAUUGCCCAUUUUGGUGCAGGGGUCUUUCUUCUAAUUCAGCUCAUUAGUAUCAUCAGUUUUAUUACAUGGCUUAAUGAAUGUUUCCAAGCCCAAAAAGAUGCAGAAAGAUGCCGAGUCCAUGUGAUGCUACUAGCAACUACUGCAUACACUGUAUGCAUAUUAGGGGUGAUUUUGAUGUACAUAUGGUAUGUGCCUGAACCAUCAUGCCUUCUCAACAUAUUUUUCAUCACAUGGACUUUGUUCCUCAUCCAACUCAUGACAAGUAUCUCUCUCCACCCAAAAGUUAAUGCUGGAUUAUUGACUCCGGCGCUUAUGGGGCUUUAUGUUGUGUUCAUCUGCUGGUGCGCCAUUCGAAGUGAGCCAUUAGGAGAAAUCUGCAACAGAAAAGCCGAAGGUUCUAGCAAAACGGACUGGCUUACCAUCAUAAGCUUUGUUGUUGCACUGCUUGCGAUGGUAAUCGCCACAUUCUCCACGGGAGUAGAUUCCCAAUGUUUCCAGUUUAGAAAAGAUGAGAAUCAUGAGGAAGAUGCAAUUCCUUACGGAUACGGAUUCUUCCAUUUUGUGUUUGCUACCGGAGCAAUGUACUUUGCAAUGCUACUUGUUGGCUGGAACAUUCAUCAUUCCAUGAAAAAGUGGACAAUUGACGUUGGAUGGACAAGUACUUGGGUAAGGAUAGUAAACGAAUGGCUCGCGGUUGGCGUUUACAUUUGGAUGUUGGUGGCUCCAAUGGUACUAAAAAGCAGACAAACAACAUGAGAGAUCACCACAGAGAGCUUUUUGUCACUCUCGUUUCAUCUCGGUAUUGUGGAUUUGGCUGGAAAACUAGAAUAGAAGAUUAAGAUUGGGGAACUGCGUGUGAAAACAUCAUAUAUUUGCACUGUAGAUUAUUUAGGAUCAAAGAAAGCUUUAUACAAAUAAAAGCUAUAGAUUAGUAGUAGUACUAUGAGUGUGUGCCCCUAACGGGUCUCUAAUCAUGAAGCGUGUACACAUUAUUAUUACACAUACUGUACACACUAUAAUUAUACAUACAGUAGUUUUUAUAUUAA